AGUUGCAGGCGUUUUUUGUUUCUGUUUGCUUUGCCUUCCUCAAACGGAUCGAAUGAGUCGAGUGUGUAUCGUUGUUUUGGAGGAGGUGGAAGAUGAGUCUCCCACGUUUCUCUCCGAAUCUCCCCAGGAGAAUGUACCUUUCCGUCCCCCGGCCCCUGGAAACGUGCUGCCACCUUUGGUUCAAGCUAUAUUUAACGGAGAUCCCGAUGAAGUUCGAGCACUAAUAUUUAAGAAAGAAGAUGUCAAUUUUCAGGAUAAUGAGAAAAGGACCCCUUUACAUGCUGCUGCCUAUCUGGGAGAUGCAGAAAUUAUUGAACUACUUAUUUUAUCUGGAGCUAGAGUUAAUGCCAAAGACAGCAAAUGGUUGACUCCUUUACACAGAGCUGUGGCAUCCUGUAGUGAGGUAU